UAAUCAGCCAUCUAACUUGGGUUAAUUCCCAAGCUUUGGCCUAUGUCGUUGAAUUAAAGUUGAUUGCCGGCGGCGUCAUAAUAAUAUUUUGCGGAUUUCUUCGGCAAACCCGGAAGGGUUUUUGUUAAACUCUACAUACAUACUUGCACCUUAGAUUCUGAAGCAAAACCCUAUUCAAGAAUUCAAGCAUAUGGAAUUCUCAUUGGACGGAGCAGAAACCAUCAAAGCUCUUGGCUCUCUCUUUAAAUUCACUGAAGUUUACUUGCGGGACAAUGGCUCAACAGAAGUACGAGAAGUUCCAUAUUUUCAAGAACCAACGAAGCGAAAUGAUGAUGAUGAUUUUGAAAAGAAUGAGAACGAUGCCUCCACAGAGUUUCAUUCAUUGCCGGAAGAUGUGGAACUAGCCAAGCAACUUAAUGAAUGGGGGCUUCCACUCUCUUUCCAGACUAACAAGGAGAGAAAUGGAAAGGUCAGUCGGAGAAGGAAAGAUUCAAGAAAGAAGGAUCAAUUUAGCAUGAAUGAUGAUGAUGUCAAUGUUCUGGAUUCAAUGAGAGUGAGUGAGGUGGGAAGGUCUCUUGAUAUUUUACAUGAUAAUUCAAUGCCUAACCAAAAUGAAAUAUUGAAGUGUGAAGUUACGGCACAUAUUGAAGGAUUUCAUAACCUCUGCAGUGAAGAAAAGGAUUUGGGUUGUUCAAUUGCAUGUUGUACUUGUGCUCUCCUCAAUGAACAUGAUUGUAAUGAUGAAGUAUCUGAUCUUAAAUUUGACCAUGAUUUGGAUUGCAGCUCUGAAUUUAGUAAAGUUUUAUUGAAUGAAGUCUCUGAGACUAACUCCAGUCCAUUUACAAAUGAUAUGAUGGUAGUGGAUACUGCUGUUUGUGGUGGAAAGGAAUUAACAGAACCAGCAUUGGAGUCUGUCCAUCUGGAGUCUCCUUCAGCGGUGGAAAGAGAAACUGAAGGUGUAAAACACACGGAUGACAUUGGCAGUGACAUGAUACAGCACUGUGAUUCUGCUGCAUAUUCACAGUUUUCUAAAGAAGUCAAUUCUAACAAGACAGACAGCAGUUGCAAAGGUGAUUCUGAAGAAUGGAUAACACGUUGGGAUGAUUUUUACGCGAGGAGCUACUUUUAUAAUGUGAAAACACAGGAGUCUACAUGGAACCUGCCUUCAGGAAUGGAAGACCCUGCAUUUAGUCCCAUUGCUAAUGAGCUUAUAUUGACAGCAGCUGAGAUAGCUGAAUUGCAUGAUGACUUCCCAGAUUCCACAGAAUCUGAUAAUGUGCAAAUUUCUUGUGGUUUUCAACCUUUUCCUAUCUUUGCUGAAGAAUACAAAGAUGACAAUGGCUUUGAUCAACACUUUGGUCAGACUGUCAAGAGCUGUUUUUUUGCUGACAAUUUCUCUAGUACCAACAGUACAAAAAAGAAAAAGAAAGCCCGAAGAACAAAAUCUAAUAGAAACUUGUCUGUUCCAAGUGAAGAGCUCGAAGGAAUUUUGGAAGAAUUUUCUCCCAGUAUAGGUAAAUAUUGGAGUCAAAGGUACCUUCUGUUCUCGAGAUACGAUAAUGGUAUUAAAAUGGAUGAAGAAGGAUGGUUUUCUGCAACUCCGGAGCUAAUAGCCAAGCAUCAUGCAUCCCGUUGUGGCAGCGGUUCCAUAGUUGAUUUUUUCACGGGAGUUGGUGGAAAUGCAAUCCAAUUUGCGCAACGGAGUAAACAUGUGAUUGCAAUUGAUAUCGAUCCAAAUAGAAUUGGCUAUGCACAACAUAAUGCAGCUCUCUAUGGAGUUGAUGACCGUGUAGAUUUCAUAAGGGGUGACUCUUUUUGUUUGGCACCAAGGCUGAAGGCAGACAUUGUCUUUAUGUCGCCACCUUGGGGUGGUCCUGAUUAUGCAAAAGUGAAGAAAUUUGACAUCAACACUAUGCUUAAGCCACGUGAUGGACAAUUUCUAUUCAAUGUGGGGAAGGAAAUCGCUUCCAGAAUCAUCAUGUUUCUCCCGCGGAAUGUUGAUAUCAGCCAAUUGGCAGAGUUGUCUUUAUCUGCUUCCCCUCCAUGGUCUUUAGAGGUGGAGAAGAACUUCUUGAAUGGCAGAUUCAAAGCGAUUACUGCAUAUUUUAGUGCACCAGACUUGUCUUGGCAUCAUUUUGCUGAAUAGGAGCUUGGUCCAUAUUUUGUGGAAAUAGAAAAUUUGAGGGUCUUCUUCCGUGGCUUUUGUAUUUCUCUGCCAAUAGUGACAUGCAACACACACCCAAAUUAAAGAAUAUUGUACAGAUAGAGGUUGUCACAAAGCAAGAACUUAAAUAAUUGGCACUGGAGUUGCCGCCAGUAUCAAGUUGGACUGAAAAGACUCAAGGAAACUCACAUUUAUCACCCAUUUAUCUGAGCAGAUCUCAGGAACGUGAUCUAAGUUUCUUUUACUUCUACAGUUGGGAUUGGUUGCACUGUAAAUACUUUGCAGGAUCCUCUCAGCGACAUCUCUCAAUCGGAAACCAAGUCCCAAUGGUUCGACUAAGUGGCAGGCUCUCUCAUUUGCUGUAGUAUGCUUUUGGAAAUAGAUAUAAUGGAUAUAUAUUUAUUUUUCCGCGUGUACUUCUGAAGGUAUAGCUAAGCUUGAGGAUUUUCCUCUUGUAAUAUACAUAAAUUGUUUUGAAGAUUUCCAUCUAUCAAGUGAAGUAGCCAUUGUGGAAUACUUUUCAUGCAUGCAGUGUUGCCUUGUAAUAGGGUGUACAAUAAUAUAAUUGGGAGUU